AUGGUGAUGAUUAUCGCCGCCGCGGGCGUAGGGCUUGCGAUAGGCGCCCUUGCCUCGCCCCGACCGCUCGUGGCCUUUCUUUCCGCCAUGUCCAUCUACAUCGUCACCCUUCUUAUUGUGUUCUCUGCUCUUCAUAUCCGACUUGUCAGGCGUCGCCGCAGAACAGUGAGCAGAGAACUGUCUUCUCAUAACCAACGUCGCACUCCAUUUGGUUAUAACAUCUUUUGUCUAUUCAGUGGUGGUCACACUAAGGAGAUGCUCAUGAUGAUGGACGAUGGCUUCUGCAACUUUGAUGGUUUUCACCGACGGUACUUGGUCUCCUCCGGUGAUACCAUGUCGGAGGAUCAUCUUGAAGAUUACGAAGCAGACCUGAAGGCACUGUGUGCUGCUGAGGGGACCAAUCCAGGAGCAUACGACGUUUUCACCGUCACUCGUGCGCGCCGUGUUCACCAAUCACUCCUGACUACCCCCUACACGGCCUUUCUCAGCCUGGUCAGCAUCUUUCCGGCUUUGUUGACUCCGCCACCCAAGAUUGAUGGCGCCGAGCUUGCAUAUCCUACCUGUAUCUACUCCAACGGACCCGCGACUGGCUUCUUUGUCGGCCUGGCAGUGCACAUUCUCAAGCUCCUGGGCAGGAUACCCGAGAACUCAAUGCACUUCAUCUAUAUCGAGUCUUGGGCGCGCAUCAGUACCCUGAGCCUCACGGGCAAGCUCUUCUACUACACUGGCAUCGCGGACGUUUUGGUACAGCACCAAGAAGUUGCUGAUAAGUAUGGGCUCAGGAACUGUGGUGAGAUGGUCUUCAACGCUAGGCGACCGGAUAUUUCAUCGACAGAUGAUAAGAUGAUGGGUUGA